CAGGUAACCGCCACCCUCCGGGGCUGACAUUGCACAAUCUGCCGACACGUACCGCACGUGCAUUCCCUGGGAGUUCCCCUUAGCGAUUGCUUUAUACUACGCAACGGCGUGUCCCAGCUGGUCUUGAGCUCAAGCUUGGACAGAAGAUGGCCGGACUGUUUGAGCGAGCAGAGGUGAUCUUUCUAGCGGCUAUGGGGCUUCUUGGUGCUGUAGACCACGGGCAGGCAAGAGAGUUCUGCAAGAAGCAGGACAAGGAAGGGUACUGGUGCGAGACCGGGCACUGUUGUGGGGAUGGAGGCUGUUGUACCUACUACUAUGAGCUUUGGUGGUUCUGGCUGAUCUGGAUCCUGAUCAUCGUCCUGUGCUGCUGCUGCAUCUACCAGCGCUACAAGGUGCGGCGGCGACAGGAGCGGCAGAGACGACAGCGAGAAAUCAACCUGCUCAUCGCCCAGCAGGCAUCACUACUUCAUGCACCACCUCUCAACCUUGAUGCAAUCCUGAAGUUGCCGUCAUACCAGGAGGCUAUCACACAGCAGGUGGACACCAGCCCCCCUCCCCGCUACACCCCCACCCUCCACCGAGCAGACCGACCACAGCUACCUGUCUCCCAGAUCAGACCAGCACAGGUCACCGUCACCAUCGAGGGGGGCAACACGCAAACUGUAACAACCAAUCUACACACUGGGGGGCCAUUGCCACUGUCACCUGUCUCAGGAUCCCCGGAUGCCAGAACACCUGUGUCAAUCUUUUCGGACUGCAGAACGCCAUCAAUCUUGGACAGUUCGCCGUCCUCGUGUAUCGUAGACACUGUCGAGGAGAAGGCUGGCAUCCCUGACGACACCCCUCUCCUCGGAGCAUGCGGCGACAUACCCGACCCUCCCACGGGCACGAACAAUCAGGUAGAGACUUGUGCAAUCGUUUCAACAGCUAAUAAUGGCGGCACAGCGCCAGGAAUCGUGGCAGCUACACGUCCAACAUCUACUCCAGACCGCAGUGAUGUCGUAGACACGUCACCUGAAUCUAUGCAGUCUUCGGCAGGUGACGGAAACAUGGCGGACAGUUGUAACAGACAAGCAGGAGGGAGAUGAUGUGACACAAAGCUAUGACUGACAUCAGAUGUAGAUAUGACAAGAUAACAUUUUACCCUCCGACAUUCCAAACUGUUCCGACUGGGUUCACUGAAGCAUAUCAAUUAUAUAAACAAAGGGUUUACACAUGUGGAAAACAUCGAAUAGAUACCUGUGGAAUGGAUGUCUUAGUGAUGUUGGAAAAUAGUAGGCGCUCCCAAAGUGUGGUGAUGCGAUCCUUCAUGGGUGUUUUCUUGGACUGGCAUAAUGGAGCGGGCCUCUUGAGUCUACUAUAAGAAAGAAAACCCCCCUUCUCUGUUACUCUCCAACAUACAGGACUCUAUCUCUAUUUAGUUUUCUUUUGACACACGUUAUCUGGCAGCUCCUGUUAAUACAGUUCGGAUUCAAAAGCAGUGUAACCACUAGAUUUCAAAUUUAGGUUUAUGGUAUGUAGCUUUCAUAAUAUUUUUUUGGAGAAGGAAGUUGAGGCUUGCAGAUGAUGUACAUCUAAUUGGUACAAGUAGAAGUAGUACAAUGCAUCCUUCCUUGUCUACCUGCUUUGGUUUUCAUAAUGUUUUUCAUUUAUCUGAAUGAUUUCAAAGAAUUUUUACAUUUAGUUGAAUCAUAUUUUACUGACCAGAUUUUGACUAGAAAAGAUGGGUGGCCAACUAAGACAACUACAUGUAUCACCAAACAUUAUUGCAAAUACUUUCAAAGCAUCUUCCAUAUUUAAAAGGAUCUAGAUUGAUGCAUCAAAAAAGGUAAACGUUAUGACAGCCUAUUUAUGUGAAAGUAAAUUUAUUUCCCCUGUACCUUGGGGUACAUUAAAAGGACAAGGAGUCUAAUAUUUCAACUUGCCUCUCCAGUAUACAGAAUCCAUGGACUUAGUUUUGUACACAAAUUUUUGGAACCAAAAUUCUGAGAUUCUGGCAAGAUAUUCUGAUGAAAGGAGUGGAUAACAAAUGUUAGAUUGCUGAAAGUGGAAAUAAAGGGUAUGUUUUCUAUGAUGAAAAUAUUUUGAAGGGAUGAUCUUUGAGACAGAGAAAAGAAGAAUCAGCUAAGAGAUGUAUAGUGACACUGAUUUCUAUGGAAUCUUAGGGACUUCGCUAAGUACAAAUGUAUAAUGUUAUAAGUAUUGUAACUACUUGUGAUGGGAAAGGUUAUUACUUUCUUUCGGAAGGAGAAUGCCUUUUUAGGUAAACAGCAUAUUAUUUACUUUAUACAUGUUGUACAUGUGGUUAGGAUAUUAGCAGAUAAUGCUUGAAUACUGAGGGUCAUACGAGCAAUAUUGCAUAUUCUGAAGUACAAGUUCAGCUUGUGAACUUUGUCAUAUUAUGAGAUAUAAUGGUGGAUGGAAGGUCCCUGCUAAAACAUAUGAUCUCUACUGUACAUUAUAUGUAGUCAUUGACUAAAGUACAGUCAUAUAGUCAGUGCAUCUAUAUGCCCUUGACUAGAUAGAUAUUGGAAUACCUUGAUGAUAAAGCGUAACAUGUAAUCUAUCUACUGGGCUUUUUGAAAGGUAUUAUGAAGUACAGACAAAUAUGUAUUUUGCAUGGUCUUAACUAUAGUAACAGACCUAACCUUAUGCAGAGGUCCAGAACAUAUGCUUUGUUUGUUGUUAUGAUUACCAUAGCCACUUAUUUGUCAAGUUUGUUAUUUGGUGUUUAUGUGUAUUUCUGUUCAAAUUUUUUAAAGAUUGAAGCAAAUGACAAAAAGAUCACUUAAAGCUGUACGAUAUAUAGUGACUCACAAAUCUGUACAUGGUGUAAAUUUUGAAGAUGUAAAAAUUAUUUAUGUAAUAAAAAUUGGUUUGCAAAGAA